AAAUGUGGCGAUAGCUUGCUUGGGUGCUUGACCUUAAUUGUUUGUCGAAAUGUUUUCACUCUUGUUGAUAUAACUAUAUUAUUUUAUCGGAGUUUAGAUCCGUGCCAUUUUGAUAAUGAAUAGACGUCCACUUCUAUAUUCGAUCGGCGGCGGGGGUGGCUAGGACAGCGCUCCUCUGCCGUGAACCGCCCACUCAGGGCGGGGGCGGGGGCGGCCAUGGGCGACACGGGCGAACCGCCGGCGGCAAUCCGACCUCGAAUCCAACGCCUGCUCCUCUCCGACGAAUACUACGAGUUCGAGGAGCUGGUACUGGUUGAGGCGGCGUUUGCUCAGGUGACCCGCCGCGGUCGUGGCCUGCGUCAGGUACAGAUUGCCGUCACGCCCACAAAGUUCAUCAUUGCUACCGAUGAACUGGGCGGCGAAGACGCUGACAGUCUGUUCUACCUGGCUCCGGAUGAUGUGGACUCUGAUGCUGACUGGGAUACGCUAGAGAUGGUGAGCAUUGUACCGAUUGAGUGCGUCAAUCUGAGUGUUUUCUCUCGAAGACGGCACAAGCUAAAGGCGCGGUUCUGCAACGGCAAGGUGUACUACUUCGAGCUGAGCGAGCGCGGCUCCCUGGGCGGCCGCGCGGCCGACUCGGUCUGGCGCCAGUGGGAGGAGCGCGUCGAGUUCCUCUGCCCCAACCUCAACUCGUCCUCCUCGGAGACGUCGGUAGCCAACACGAGCUCGACGUUAUCGACGCUGGAGCGGCGGCGCAGUCUGCGUCAGCUGGCGGCCGCCGGGAGGGGGCAGGUGCAGGUCAGCUGGUUCGCCCGCGGCGGCCAGGUGGCCAGUGGUGUGGGGUCUCAGUCCCAGCGGGCGGAUUCUUCCGUCUGGCUGACCUCUGAGGAGCAGGAUGUGAAACCAACCCGCCCGGAGCCGGUGAAACCCCAGCCGCCGGCGCCUGUCGUGCCGCCGCUCCCAGCCGUCUCCGCUACCACCGACUCGUCGGCUUCGACGUGCUCCACGUGCGGCUCGACGUCGACCUCGUCGGAGACGUCGUCGGGGACGUCGGCCACCACGACGGCGACGACGACGCGUACGACGCGCACGGCUCGGACGUCUGUCCGCACGCCGGCGGGGACGGGAGGGGCGCGAGGGCAGACUCCGCCGCCUCCAACAACCCCGGCUGGGACACUGGAGCGGCGCAAGUCUCAGACGCUGAUGAUAAACCGAUUUGGCACUGGCGUGGAGGAGAAAUGCACGCUGAGUUUGUAUCUAUCAAGUGAUGUGUCUCUUGAGUUGAGUGCUGCGGAUAGACAGAGACUCAGUGCUUUCACGAAAGUCGCUGAUGACGCUCUGCAGCUUUGGGAGCUGUCUGCGCUGUCGAGGAAGCGGCGCCACACGCGUCACUCUGUGCUGGCUCCUCUGGCUGAGCGUCAGCUCGGCUGGACGCUGCUCUCACCAACUGGGCGUCACAUGGCUCGUGUACGCCGAGCGGCCUCCGAAACCCGACUGGGGCCGGUGGCAGUCCGGAGACGAGUGUGUGGCCAGGCACGAGGCGCGGAGUUUCAUCUACCUCUGAGGAGAGGAGAUCUGUGCGCGACGGCUUCGGUAGAGGAUCUAAGUACGAUCCCGUCGGCUGGGAGGGAGUCUGUGUCUACAGAAGGACGAGCUGUGUUCUGGCGACCCGAACAGACAGAGAGGCCUGUACUGGCCCGAGCGGUCUACACUCGCCGGCUGGAGCUUCUGAAAGAAUUCCGCGUGGCACAUGAAAAGCUACGCGCUGCUGAGACUCGCCGCAGUAAAGAGAAACAAUCCAAGGUAGCACGCAGCCUCUCCAAACUAUCUGCUCGGGCGAAACAAUCUGCCACUAGCCAAGCGAUCAAAUCCACCUACAAACAGCUUUUCCGAUCAUUCUCUGGGACAUCUCGGCCUGGGAAAAAGCGCGAUUCUGAAGACGCUGGUCGGCGGACGGCCUCUGAGGGCCGCGUGGGGAGUAGUCAGCAGUCUGUGGGCCGCCAGAGGAGUGUUAGUUUAUCCCCCAUGCAGCGGCAAAGGAGAGGGGAUAAUGGUGAUAGCACUGCGAUUGGCUCCGGCGCGGCGGGCACCAGUGGGGGCGGAUCGCUGGCCUUCUGUCGGUUUAUGAGUCCACGGCGGGGUGGCUCACCAGAGCCGGACGUCGUGUCUCUAUCGCAGCGGAGUGAGACGUGCUCGCUGGCGUCGGACGGAGCCAUCACACUCAGUGAGGCGCUCUCACUCGAACCGUCUCUACUAGACUCUGUGUCUGGUACAACUGCUCCUCAUGGACUCGGAGGCGGCGCUGGGGCGCGAUCUGACUCCACGGCAGCCACCAUGCCCGGGUGUACCACGCUGCGCCGAGUGAGGGAGAUUGACUCAGCGGUACUGGCGCAUCAGAUGACGCUCAUUGACCGAGAGAUGCUACGGAGAGUGUCAGCGGCACAACUGAUGGCGCUCCUGACCCGGCCCGACCCGCGACUUCUGGAACCGCUUGUGACGGCUAUGUUAUUCUUCCAUCGGAUUGUAUGCCUCGUAACCACCAAUGUCCUACUCGAGGAAACCUCUCGUGACCGAGCUAAAGUGAUCACGAAACUAGUGACUGUAGCCGAGCGGUGCUAUCACCUACGUAACUUCCACUCUUGUAAGGCCGUGCUGAGUGGACUACAAACCGUACCCGUAUUCCGACUCCGGCAAACCUGGGAGCAUAUGAAAACCAGACACGACCGAAAAUACCGUGCCUUCAAGAGUCUGUCGAAGUUGUUUGCCGAUACGCGUCUGCCUCCAUACCAGCGCGUGGCCGCUGAUGUUGCCGCGUCUGGGCAAGCGUUUGUGCCAUUCUUGGGAGAUGUCCUAGCGUUGGUGCUGGGCCACAACCGUCCCCCGGCGGCCGGCGCGAUUCGACGACCCGAAGACGCCCCGCCGGGCAGUCCUGUUCUGAGCUGGGUCCGCCAGCACUUCGACCCACCACCAGAGGAGGUAGCUGCCCGCCGGAGGGUCCUCCAGCGGAAGUAUGUGACCCGCUGGCGGGCGGCCGUGAGGUGUAGAAGACUCUCCGCUCGCCGGUACAGGCCCUCGUGGCUACAGGGCCCGGUCGGCCGCGCUGGGGGUGGCGGGGUCGGUGCGUGGCCCCACGAAGCACCCGCCCGCCGCCGUCUCCGUCACCGCCUAGCCGAGGACUGCGCGGCAGUGGCUGCGCCGGCAGCAGCAGCUGUACGCGUGUCUCGCCUCUGGGCCCGCUGGCGGCGCUCUGUGGAGACGUACCGGCUCGAGGAGCGGCCCCUGGUGAGGGAGUACCUCCUGCUGGCGCGGCACUACACCAUGGAGACGGCGCUGGGUCUGAGUCUGGACCGGGAGCCGCCGGACGGCAGCAGCUGCACGCUGUGCUCCAACACGGGGGUGGUGACGGACACGUCGGCGGAUCCGGUCAGUCAGACCGGGUGACAGCGAGCGUGACAGUGGCGCUGACAGCUGUGGUGACAGUGGAGCUGACAGCGGGCGUGACAGUGAGAUGACAGUGAGCGUGAUAAUGGAGGAUGCCAGUGGUGGUAGUAGGUGCAGCUCGAAGGUGACAACAGUGGUAGUGAUAGAGGCGCAGAAUAAGAUAACUAGUGCGACAAAUGAACGCGGUGAGUGCGGAUUACAAAAUCACGGCAAUGUCGACGAUUAAGAGCACAGCGUAUGUGAAGAGGGAAGGGAUGCAGUGACGACAGCUGUAAGGUCGAUAAUUAUAGACAACGAAAAACUGAACCAGUGCAGUCCAAUUGAACAUGCCGCAGUUAGAUCGCAAUCAAGCAUGUGUUGAACAACUGAAAGUAAAACGCUCAUGCGCUAACACAAGAUGAAACAAGUAACAAGUAAGAUGCAAGUAAACAUGAAACAAGUAAAGGCACGAGGCAGAAAAGCGAAAGCAUCAUUGGAUGUGACGAUUUUAAUAGGAUGCUGCUAAAACUAGUGCUAGAAAAACGGUUAAUCAGCCAUCAAGAUGCUGUGAGAACCUUUGGCAAGGAUUCACUGUGUCCGAUAAAGCAUCGCCGAUCUAAUCUUUUACGUGUACUUCGCUGAGGCAUUGGCUCUGGAGCAUCAUUACUGAUCCGGGAGCCGUGACUACGAAUAAUGACCAGAGCGACUCGAAGAGACCCCCUCAAUGGAGGAUUUCUACAGGAAGCCUGAUUACUCGCGAUGGGAGCGGCUUCAAAGCCCAUCUGGCUCUAACAAUGAGCUACCCUACGUGGAACUCAAGCUAACUCCGCGCAUCUCGCUACAAGGCGCACACACUCGAUUCUGUCUCAAUAAGGAGUGCUGUGCCGUAUUCAAUGACGGAAUAGAUAGACUGGACGGUUGAUGGGACUAGAGUAGCACAGCUGCGCACGGAAGCAUAAGUCAGAUUAUUGGUAAAGGUAGCCACGGGCUGGGGUUUUGUACAGCGUUUGGUACAGACUUUGUGAGGUCUUGGACGCCACUUAUUACGAAAAUACAUAUAUUUGUCGA